AAGCACAUUGACUUACUCUCACACACAGAACCGCUCCCCGCUUAGCAACAGUGAAUCAUCCCACGGCUUUGUCGAUAUGUGUUUAUCCGCUGGCCUCCAUGGCUUUCUUCUCUUUCUUAGUCUCUUCCCCUCCUCCUGAUCGCUUUCAGGCAACUCCCGGCGCUGCUCCAAUCCGUUCAUCUGAGGACGUCCCUGCUCCAGCUCUUUCUCCGGCGGGCGUCAACAAGCACUCAAGAUGGAGGAAUAUCCGAAUCACUGGAAAGCUUCACUGCUUGGAGAGGAGUUCUGGAAAGAUGCCGAAGCGUAUAACCAGCCUAUCCAUGACAGUAUUGAAGCUGAUCAGAGCACUGAAGCCGAGGAAGACGCACCCCUGCACGAACGAUUUCUGUUCAAUCUUGAACAUGAACAGAAUACCCACGCCCCCGCCACUGAAAGUAAUGGUCCCAUCACAGAGAGACCCGGACGUCGUCGGUUCAGCAUGAGCGAUGCAUUCACUGGUGCCCCGCUGGCCACUGCUCGUGUUAUCGAGCUCUCCAGACGCCCUCGAUCUCAAUCGCGUGAUCGCUUGCGGCCCUUUGCUGGUGGCUCCAGCACCUCCUCUAGCCGUUCCAGCUCGCUCAUCCGCUCUGCACUAAGCAGAAUGGCCCUCCUCUUGAAAGAGGACUCCGAAGCCGAGGCCGAGCCGGAACCCAUUCAACUCAUCCCCGCAGACGAGGCCACCCCAGAGGAGCCGCUUAUGGAAUUCCGUGGCGGCGAGACCUGGACGCUUCUUACCAAUGACCGUCGCUUGCUGGGUAUCGACGUGUUCUGGCCGCAGGACCUAGAUGAAAAGGACAAGAACGCCAAUGGCGAGGAAUCCAGCGACAAAAAGCCGAAGCCGAACCUCGUGAUGCUUGAUCUCGAACAAAUGUCUCCCCUCAGCCAGUUCCGCAAUCUACGCAGCCUUAAGAUCACCGGAAUGAUGCAGUCGUAUCAGAAAUACAUCUGGCGGACCGCCUGGCUCAAUCACAAUCUCGACGAGCUGGAAUUAGGCAUGGCGCUGCCUCCUCGUAUCCGCAAGAGCAGAACCGGCGACUGGCCCUACAUCAAGGGGGGCUGGAAGCUCGACCCGGCUCAUUACGCUGAACCAGUCUACUACGGCGACGGCAGUGGCGCCCUCGACCCCAAGCUCGGCCAAGCCGAGUACCUCGACAAAAUGGUCAUCGAAAAGGCCAAAGUCUGCGCCAUGGCAAUUGGUCGUACGCGCCAGAAACUGUCUAUUCGCACUUUGAUUCUCUUCGGUUUCGUGGUCGACGCGGAUCCGUUCCUGCACUGGUUUGACGUGAAGCGCCUCAAGUGCAUCAACUUUAAGGAUUACUGCGUGGAUGCGGGCUUCUGGCUGUGCCAGCCGAUGAAGAAGGUGAAGGUGGUUUUCCCGCGCCAGGUCCCUGAGAAAGCGGUCGUGGCGAGACGGGUCGAUUGGCUUUCUGAGUUGAAGGUGAUUGAAUUGAAGGGUGGGAAGAAAGUGAGUGAGAAGAAGUAUACCGGGCCGGAAUCACUGAUGUGAUUCCAAGCCGCAUGGAUUUUAAUCCUCGCUCCGAUACCAUAACGAGAAACGAUUUACGACACAACACGGAUGAACGACCUGA